AUGGGCGCUAAUAGAGGCUUGCUCUUCACAUUCCUAUGUUUCGUGGUCUUGCAUGGGUGGUCUCUCUACUCGGCAGAGGCUGCUGUGCAUUACUACGAUUUUGUUCUUAAGAAGAGCAAUUUUACAAGACUAUGCAACACGAAGAGCAUGCUGACAGUCAACGACAGCUUCCCAGGACCAGUGAUCCGUGUUCAAAAAGGGGACGUAGCGUACGUUAAUGUCCACAAUCAAGGGAAAUAUGGUGUUACCAUUCACUGGCACGGCGUAAAGCAACCUAGGAACCCGUGGUACGACGGACCUGAGAACAUCACGCAGUGUCCAAUCCCAGCCGGCACUAACUUCACACAGGAGAUCAUUUUCUCUGAUGAAGAAGGGACUCUGUGGUGGCAUGCUCAUAGUGAAUGGUCUCGUGCAACCGUUCAUGGAGCGAUUAUAAUCUCACCAACGGAUGGAACCACCUAUCCUUUCGCCAAGCCUGAUGCUGAGGAAGUAAUAGUAUUAGGGUCUUGGUAUACUGGAGAUGUGAAGGCGAUAAUUGAUGCGACGCUUGCCACGGGAGCCAGCCCAAAUCUUUCAGAUGCCUAUACCAUUAAUGGACAACCUGGGGAUCUAUACAAUUGCUCGAAAGACUCAACCUACCACUUGCUUGUUGAGCAUGGAAAGACCUAUCUCCUCCGAAUAAUCAGUGCCGUGAUGAAUGAGGAGAUGUUCUUUGGGAUUGCCAAGCACAACAUCACCGUUGUUGGAAUGGACGGCGCGUACCUUGAGCCCAUAAAUGUCCAGUACAUUAUGAUAACUCCGGGCCAGACGAUGGAUGUCCUGCUCACGGCAAACCAGUCUCCGAGCUAUUAUUACAUGGUUGGGAGUCCUUAUGCCGAUACCAUUGCCCCGUUUGACAAAACCGUCACAACUGCCAUUGUGCGGUACCACGGAAACUACGGCCCGCCUCCCUCUCCAGCUUCCCCAUCACUUCCUGCUUCCAACGACACACCAGCAGCCGAGAACUUUAUGAGACGGCUCAAGAGCUUAGUGAGCAAAGACUAUCCGAUCAAUGUCCCGAAGAACGUCACCACGAGUCUGUACAUAACAGCUUCGGUGAAUCUGAUCGAUUGCCAUGGUAAAUGUGCUGGGCCAAUGGGGAUGAGGCUGUCGGCCAGCAUGAACAACAUCAGCUUUCAAAAGCCAACUGUGGACAUUUUAGAAGCAUAUUACCAAACUCUACCUAAUGUAUUCACCGAUGAUUUUCCGGAGAAGCCACCGUACGAAUUCAAUUUUACCGGAGAUGUUGGGCCAAACAAAAUUUUCCCAAGCCUAGGAACCAAGGCAAAGAUGAUUGACUAUAAUGAGGCGGUUGAGAUCGUGUUCCAAGGAACAAAUGUUGGACCUCCGGAGAAUCAUCCCAUGCACCUCCAUGGUUACAGCUUCUAUGUUGUCGGAUUUGGGUCGAGCAAUUUCAACAGCACAAGGGACCCAUCGAAUUACAAUCUAGUCAACCCGCCUCUGGUGAACACCAUCGGUGUUCCUAAAAAUGGAUGGCUCGCGAUAAGAUUCAUCGCAAAUAACCCAGGAGUAUGGUUCAUGCAUUGCCACAUAGAGAAGCACGCAAGUUUGGGCAUGGAAGCCGUGCUUAUUGUGAAGAAUGGUACAACGGCUGCAACCAGUAUGCGCCCACGACCGGGAUACAUGCCUCCUUGUUCAACCUCUUAGUUCCCUCAACAGUCUUAAGCGGUGCUUGGUCGGGCUUAAUUAAAUUUAAGUUCCGAAAAUGAAUUAUAUAUAUAUAUAUAUAUAUAUAUAUAAGGGAAUAUUAUUCCAU